AUGUUUCACCGACGGUCUACACCCCAGAGCCUCGAUCAAAUCCGCCUUGCACGUCGACAGGCAGAAAGACAACUCGUCGCUACCCUCGGUCCUCUUCACGGCGACUUGGAAGAAUUCUACACCUUUGUACCUCUCCCCGAUGGUCAUAGAGGAGAGCUGAAAGUUGUGCGGCACAAGUUGGGAUCCCAAAGUCAUCGUCCAUUCAUCAUCCUCUUCCACGGAGGAGGGUUCUCAAAUGGCAGUGUCGAUUACAUGACUCGCCCAGCGCGAGACUUUGCGAGCGAGUUCAACGCUGUGGUUGUGUCUGCGACGUAUCGGCUUGCUCCCGAGUAUCCAUUUCCUAUCCCGAUGCAAGAUGCAUGGGAUACCUUGGUGUGGCUUUCUCAACACGCCAGGGAAUUUGGCGCAAACCCUCAACAAGGCUUCGUGGUCGGUGGGGUCUCAGCUGGAGGGACCAUGGCGGCUGUUUUGACGCAGUUGGCGCAGGAUCGCGGUCUCACGCCACCACUCACCGGCGCAUUCGUGUCCAUCCCUCUUCUGCUCGUAAAGGAGAUUGUUCCCGAAAAGUACAAAAAGGAAUGGACUUCGAUGGAAGACAGCAAGAACAAUCCAUCCUUGAAUCGGAACAGCAUUCGACAUAUCAUCCGCACACUUGGCCCGGAUGUCAGGUCUCCCCUAUUUUCACCGUUCAAUAGCAGGAAUCCGCACGCGGGAUUACCACCGACAUACGUGCAUGUAGGCGGCAUGGAUGUCCUGAGGGAUGACGGCUUAGUCUACGAGAGGGCGUUGAGAGAUAACGGCGUGCAGACGCGGUGUGACAUAUUUCCUAAUCUAGGCCAUGCUGCUUGGACGAUUUAUGCCACAGAGUACUCUCGACCGCGACUGGGGCCAAAGAUGAUGGAAGCGAUGAGAUGGCUGUUGAGCCGGGAAGGAUCCAACAGGGUUUAG